AUGGAGAACAAUAAGAUUACUAUGUUCCGGUCACUCGAUGCUCAGUUAACUAACUACACCAUCAAGGCCAAGAUCAUAUCAUUGUGGCAUAAAAAAAUGAAUGGUGAUGAAAAGCAAAUAUAUCGAGUUGAUAUGUUGUUGAUGGAUGAGGAGGGUUCAUUUAUUCAAUGUAGCUGUUUGAACAAGCUUUUCAAACGGUUCCUCAAGCAUUUGGUUGUUGAUGACUGUUUAUUGAUUUACAAACCAUCACUUGCGAAAGAUACUACAAAGAUAAAGGUUACGGGAAAAGAUCAGAAGCUAUCUUUAUUUUCUUGGUUACGUGGUUACGUGGUUGUGUCUUAUCCUAUUGAGGAUGUGGAUAAAAAGGAUGGCACUAAAGCCAAACGAAUGAACCUAACUCUCAAAGAUCUCCAUGAUACCAAGAUUAGUCUUACAUUAUGGGAAAACUAUGCAAUCGAGAUGUCCGAUUACAUGAAUGGUAAGAACCGCGAAGAUCAUGUGGUUCUUCUUGUGCAUUUUGGCACGGUAAACAUCUAUCAAGAAAAAAUUGGCCUUACCAAUAUGUUUGAAGCAAGUCGUCUAUUCAUUAAUUCUGAUAUUGAUGAGAUAAGAGAGUUCAAAGACAGGUAUGUGGAGAAGGAGUUUUCUCAAUCGUCUUCCAGUAAACAAUCAUGUUCUCAAGUGAUAUCCAAUGUUGAAGAACAGUUUCUUAAUGCUGGUGACUUUGUGUUCAAUGCUUUCAUUUCUUCCAUUGAAGUGGAGAAGAAGGUUGUCAUUGUUGGUACUGUUAUUGCAAUAUCAAAUCAUUAG